AUGCGCAGAUCACGUGCCGGAGGAAGUCGUCACGGUCGAGUUUCCCAUCGCCUCGUCUUGAACUGAAACACAACAAACCUGUUCAAAUGUAACGGUCGCACCCGUUUAAUGGAGUUAUUUUGUGUCGCUUCUCGGCGUCAUGGGAUAUGAAUGAAUCCGUGGUCUAAUAAUAGCGAGUAAUCCUGAGAAAAAUGGAUAUUUCCACGCCACCAGAAGAUCAAGAGCUGCGUAAUGUCAUUGACAAACUGGCUCAGUUUGUCGCCCGAAAUGGACCCGAGUUUGAGAAGAUGACUAUGGAGAAGCAGAAGGACAACCCCAAGUUCUCCUUUCUGUUCGGAGGGGAAUAUUUCGGCUACUACAAAUACAAACUGGCCAUCGAACAGCAGCAGCAUUCUGGCACUCAUGAUGAUGAAUAUAAAAUGGAAGCAGCGCUCUGUAAACCCCUGGGGAAAGAGGUGGCCGAGGUUCCUGCGCCGAUGUCGAUGCUCCCGCCGCCGCCGAUCCCUCCGAGCACGCCGUCUGUGGAGGAGCUGAUCCAGCAGAGCCAGUGGAACCUGCAGCAGCAGGAGCAGCACCUGCUCAGCCUCAGACAGGAGCAGGUGACGGCCGCCAUCUCUCUGGCGAUGGAGCAGCAGAUGCAGAAGCUGCUGGUGGAGACGCAGCUGGACACCAACGAGUUCGACAACCUGCUGCAGCCCAUCAUCGACACCUGCACCAAAGACGCCAUCUCGGCUGGGAAGAACUGGAUGUUCAGUAACGCUAAGGCCCCGCCGCACUGUGAGCUGAUGGCGUCGCAUCUCAGGAACCGCAUCACGGCGGACGGGGCGCACUUCGAGCUCCGCCUGCAUCUCAUCUAUCUGACCAAUGACGUGCUGCAUCACUGCCAGAGGAAAAAUCAGAGGGAUCUUUUGGCGGCUCUUCAGAAGGUCGUGGUUCCCAUUUACUGCACCAGUUUCCUGGCUGUAGAGGAAGACAAGCAGCAGAAAAUCACCCGCCUGCUGCAGCUCUGGGAGAAGAACGGCUACUUCGACGACGUCACCAUUCAGCAGCUCCAGAGCCCGGCCCUGGGCCUGGGACAGUAUCAGGCGUCGCUCAUCACGGAGUACGCCCCGGUGGUGCAGCCCGUCCAGAUGGCCUUCCAGCAGCAGAUCCAGGCGCUGAAGACGCAGCACGAGGAGUUCGUGAGCAACCUGAAGCAGCAGCAGACGGCGGCGGUAGCAGCAGCCGCGGCCGCCGUCGGUCAGCUGACGCCCGCGGACGCCGACGUGAAGACCCAGGGGCCCUUGACCUCUCAGCCCGCAGACCUGAAGCCUCCGUUGGCCGGUCCUCCACCUGGCGAUUACGAGGGUGCUCCGAGUCGCCCGUCCGACUCGAACCCGGCAGCGUCGUCCGACAUGCCCUCCUCCAAACAGGGCUGGUUCGAUCCGCAGCACAACAUGCCGGCCUGGAACCCGCAGCAACCGCCACCGUUCGACCCGACCCAAGCCCCGCCCCCCUGCCCGCCCUGGAACAGCCACGAGGGCAUGUGGAACGAGCAGCGGGACCCCAACUGGAGUGGCCCUCGGGACGGGGGCCCCACAGGCCCCUGGAGCGGCCAGAACGAGCCGCCGCCGUCCUGGAGCGGUCAGUUCGAGCAGCCGCCGUGGAGCGGACAGCCAGACCAGCCUCCGCCGUGGGGUCAGAGGGAGCCUCCCUUCCGCAUGCAGCGGCCCCCGCAUUUCCGAGGGCCCUUCCCUCCUCAUCAGCAGCCGCCGCCCUUCAACCAGCCGCCGCCACCUCACAACUUUGGACGCUUCCCGCCGCGGUUCAUGCAGGACGAGUUUCCUCCGCGGCAUCACUUCGAACGCCCGCCAUAUCCUCCGCAUAGAUUCGACUACCCUCAGGGAGACUUCCCAGGAGGGGAGAUCGGUCCGCCUCCUCAUCAUCACCCGAACCAGAGGAUUCCUCCGCCCGGGAUGUCCGACCCUCCUCCGUGGGGCGGGAACCAGCAUCCCGAUUUCGGGCCGCCUCCUCACGGCUUUAAUGGUCAGGCCCCGCACAUUCGGAGGCAGACGCCGUCUCACGUCAGCCAGGACGACCCCAGCCUGGUGCCCAACGUGCCCUACUUCGACCUUCCCGCGGGACUCAUGGCGCCGCUCGUGAAGCUUGAAGAUCAUGAUUAUAAGCCUCUGGACCCCAAAGACAUCCGUCUGCCGCCCCCGAUGCCUCCCAGCGACCGGCUGCUGGCCGCGGUGGAGGCGUUUUACAGCCCCCCAUCCCACGACAGACCCAGAAACAGUGAGGGAUGGGAGCAGAACGGUCUGUAUGAGUUCUUCCGGGCCAAAAUGAGAGCGAGGCGGAAAAAGGAACAAGACAAACGCAACAGCUCCCGAGGGAGUCCUUCGCGCAGUCGGUCGCGGAGUCGAGGACGAUCCACGUCACGCUCCAGCUCCAGGUCUUCCAAAUCCUCUCGCUCCAGAUCGCGAUCCAGAUCUCGCUCUCGUUCCCGCUCCUACUCCAGAUCUCGCUCCAGGAGCAGGAGUCACUCCAGAUCCAGGUCCCGAAGCCGCUCCCGCUCCAGAUCUCGCUCCAGAUCACGAUCUCCAGAAAAGCGCCGCCACUCUGCAAAAUCACGCAGCCCGACGCCACCCUCCACAUCUGGUUUGGGUUCAGGCCCUGCUGCGAUACCACCCGACCUCAGGCUGGGAGAAGAAAACAAGGGCCAUCAGAUGCUCAUGAAGAUGGGCUGGAGCGGAUCGGGAGGUCUUGGUGCAAAGGAACAGGGCAUUCAAGACCCCAUCAAAGGAGGAGACAUUCGAGACAAGUGGGACCAGUAUAAAGGAGUAGGAGUCCCGCUGGAUGACCCGUACGUCAACUACAGGCGAAACAAAAGCUACAAUUUUGUCGCAAGGAUGAAAGCACGAGAAAAAGUAAGCAGAGACCCCCAGGAGCCCUCCAGCACAGAGUGAUCACCAUCACACAUGGUCGUUUUUUUUUGUCAAUGUCAUAAACUUGUUUUCAUGUUUAUUUGAAAAUUUUCUUAUUUCCCUUGGUUCCAUUUUGUAGUAAAAUGCAUCAAAGCGUCGUUGUAACUCAAAAGCGUCGGUGUCAUCUCAAGCGUUUCCUUUGACUUAAUCUGAGACUCUACAAGCAAAAUAAAGAUGUUUUAAAAAG